UUCUCGGUGAUGUUUGAGAACUCAGUGCCCACGGAGAGUGGACAGCAGCCGUCAUGGUUUGGAGGGUUCUGUGUCUUCUCCUCUGUUUCUUCUUGAAGGAUUCCAUAGGAGGCAGGAAGAUGCCCAAACUGGCAGACAGGAAACUCUGCGCAGACGAGGAAUGCAGCCAUCCCAUCUCCAUGGCUGUGGCUUUAGCCGACUACAUCCCACCAGACUGUCGCUUCAUCCCCAUCCGACGUGGACAAACUAUCUACAUCUAUUCCAAGCUGAGAGGGAAAGGAAGAUUGUUCUGGUCUGGGAGCGUUGAAGCUGAUUAUGGUGAGAGUGCGUCUCGGUUAGGAUAUUUCCCGAGCACCAUCGUCCAGGAGGAACAUUACCUUAUGCCCGGCAAGGUGGAGGUAAAGACUGAUGUGUGGGAUUUCAGCUGCCCCUGAUUACAGCCCAGACGCCAUGUUACACCGAACGUGUCGCAGCUCGCCGUGGGAUAAACCUGGCACUCAGCGCGCUUCUGCCUUAUUCAAUCUUAUUUUUAUUAUUAUGUUACGGUUGAACAAUAAUCAAUAAAUAAUCAUAUUCUGCUGGAA